AUGGUGCUUCUCCUCCUUUUAGCAGCUCUGCUGCGAGAGCCCGUGUCCAGCAGCCUGUACAGCUCCAGGGCUCUGGCAGGAGGCCUCGGAGGCUCCAUCACCCACCAGUGCUUCUACUCCCCCACCCCGGCCAACAGAUACGAGCGGAAAUAUUGCUUCACCUCCAGCAGCUUCACCUCCAGCCACUACCGCGGCAGGGUGGCCCUGGGGGAUGUCCCCCAGAACGGCACCUUCACGGUGACAAUGACACGGCUGAGGAGCAGCGACUCGGGCACCUACAGGUGUGGGAUCGGCAGCACCAAGCAGGGGCUCUACGUCAGCAUCAACCUGACCGUCCUGCCAGAUGCUGCCGUGUCCAGACCAACCCAGCUGGUCCGAGGGGAUCUCCACGGCUCUGUCACCAUCCUGUGCCCCUCUGGGGACACCCAGAGUCACCACAAGAGGUUCUGGUGCAAAGUGGGCAGAAGGAGCUGCACUCUCAUCGCCAGCUCUGAUGGCUUUGUGGGCAGGAGGUACCAAGGACGGAUUGUUAUCACCCCUCAGGACAGCUCUGGAGCUUCCAAAGUCCUGCUAAACGACUUAAAGAAGGAAGAUUCGGGGCUGUAUCUGUGUGGGACACAAGGCCCGAGGGGUCAGGAGAGCCUGCAGGAGGUGGUUCUGCUGGUGGCCACAGCCUCUGCCCUUCCCAGGAGACCCAAAUUCCUCAGCGGCACCGUCGGGGGCUCGCUGUCCUUCCAGUGCCACCACGACCCCAGGGGCACCUACGAGAAGAAGUACCUGUGCAGGUGGCAGGGAGGGAGCUGCCCGCUGCUGCUGGAUGAUGAGGGGUUCGUGCUGGAGUCCUACCGAGGGCGGAUACAGAUGUCCAGCAGCGACCCCGAGCGCGGGAGCUUCACGGUGCUGCUGAGGCAGCUGAGGGAGGAGGAUGAAGGCUGGUACUGGUGUGGGGCCAGGAGCGGGCACACGGAGCUCACGGCCUCCCUGAAGCUGCUCAUCCACAGGGGAACCUGCUCCUCAUGGGACCCAGGAACAGCCACGGCACCAAGUCCUGCUGCCCCCAGCACGGCCAGGCACGGGAGCAUGGCAGAUGUGAUGGGCACUGUCCCCAAGGACACCACCAUGGACACUGUCCCCAAGGACACCACCAUGGCCAGUGUCACCCACAGCACCACCAUGGCCAGUGUCACCAAGGACAGCACCAUGGCCAGUGUCACCCACACCACCACCAUGGCCAGUGUCACCAAGGACAGCACCAUGGCCAGUGUCACCAAGGACACCAUGGCCAGUGUCACCCACACCACCACCAUGGGCACUGUCCCCAAGGACUCCACCGUGGCCAGUGUCACCCACAGCACCACCGUGGCCAGUGUCACCAAGGACACCAUGGCCAGUGUCACCAAGGACACCAUGGGCACUGUCCCCAAGGACACCACCAUGGCCAGUGUCACCAAGGACACCAUGGCCAGUGUCACCAAGGACAGCACCAUGGCCAGUGUCACCCACGGCACCACCAUGGCCAUUGUCCCCAAGGACACCACCAUGGGCACUGUCCCCAAGGACACCACCAUGGCCAGUGUCCUGAAGGACACCAUGGCCAGUGUCACCAAGGACACCAUGGCCAUUGUCCCCAAGGACACCACCAUGGGCACUGUCCCCAAGAACACCACCAUGGCCAGUGUCACCAAGGACACCACCAUGGCCAGUGUCACCCACGGCACCACCAUGGGCACUGUCCCCAAGGACACCACCAUGGCCAGUGUCCUGAAGGACACCAUGGCCAGUGUCACCAAGGACACCAUGGCCAUUGUCCCCAAGGACACCACCAUGGCCAGUGUCACCCAAGGCAGCAGCUCCCUGCUACCCUCUGCCACCCCUGGCACCUCUGCCACCUCCCCAGGUGAAGCCUUUCAGGAGAGGUGA